AUGUCGUCAACACCCUACGGCACCUCCACCCCCUCCACAACCCCCCGCCCGCCUCCCUACUACGCAUCAACAGCCCACACAUCAUCCCCCCAGCCCCGUCACCGCCCCUCGCCGACGCCGUCCUUCACGCCCACGAUGCGCGACCGUCAGGCCCGGGGCAAGGACCCCUUUGGCGCGUCCAGCAAAGACCCCUUUCCCAGCGGCGACUUUCAGCACCGCCAGGGCGGCGGCCGUGGCGGUUCGGGGGGUCGUCGGCACUCUGACUCGGAAGGCGACGACGACGAGAACACGGGGUUCAUCGGCGGUACUGGCUGCGGCGGCGGCGCAAGCGAGCGGCAGCGCGGGGAGACAUUCGAGGCGUUCCGGAGGCGGGAAUGGGCCAGGGACGUGCUGGAGAGUCCGGAGAUGUUGAUGUGGUAUGCCUCAAGUCGGGAGGACAGCAUCCCGGGCACGCGCCUUUUCUUCACCCGCGUCCUGUGCGGCUUCGAAGAGGAUCAUGUUCCGCCGCAGGAGCCGACUCAGCGUAAGAGCUCCGGCUCUGGUCCCGGCAGGCCGCAUGGCCACAAGCGACGCUGA